CCCUCCACUGCUGACCCCAUCCAUCCAGCCUGACCCCCAGCCAGCCCGGAAAUGACAGGAAAAGCCGCCUCCGAGGCCCCUGUCUCUGAGCCUGCCAAGGUGCCUACCACAGAGCCUCCCGGAGACACAGCAGCCUCUGGGGAGCAGCAGCAUCCGGAGCCUGGGGCCUCUGCUGCCCCCGAGGCCCCGGCAGCCCCCGCGGCCACUAAGCCUGCACCUCCAAGCGAAGAUGUCCCCAGCGCCCCCCUGCAGCUGACCGUGGAGGAUGUGAGCCCCAACUCCGUAACUGUGAGCUGGGAGCCCCCUGAGAACCUGGGGCGGCUGGGGAUCCAGGGCUACGUGCUGGAGUUCUGCAGAGAGGGAGCCUCCGAGUGGGUGCCCGUGAACGCCCGGCCCCUGAUGGUGACCCAGCAGACUGUGCGGAACCUGCCUCUUGGGGACAAGUUCUUGCUGCGGGUGACGGCAGUGAGCUCUGCAGGGGCCGGGCCACCGGCCGUGCUGAACAAGCCUGUCCACAUCCAAGAGAUUAUCGAACACCCCAAGAUCCGUGUCCCCCGCCACCUUCGUCAGACCUACAUCCGCCAUGUGGGAGAGGCAAUCAAUCUGCAAAUCCCCUUCCAGGGGAAACCCAAGCCUCAGGCCUCCUGGACCCACAACGGCAAUGCUCUGGACAGCCAGCGGGUGAAUGUGCGCAGCGGGGACCAGGACUCCAUCCUCUUCAUCCGCUCUGCCCAGCGCUCCGACUCUGGUCGCUACGAACUCACCGUGCGGCUGGAAGGCCUGGAGGCCAAGGCAGCCAUUGACAUCCUGGUGAUUGAGAAGCCCGGACCCCCCAGCAGCAUCAAGGUCCUAGACGUCUGGGGCUGCAACGCGAACCUCGAGUGGACACCUCCCCAGGACACAGGCAACACGGAGCUUCUGGGCUACACGGUGCAGAAGGCGGACAAGAAGUCAGGGCAAUGGUUCACCGUGCUGGAGCGCUACCACCCCACCAGCUGCACCAUCUCUGACCUCAUCAUGGGCAACUCGUACUCCUUCCGGGUCUUCUCAGAAAACCUGUGCGGCCUCAGUGACUCGGCCACCACCACCAAGGAACUGGCUCACAUCCAGAAGGCAGCUUUCCCCCUGAACCCAGAUGUCGCUGCCAAACCUCAAGGGCUUGUUGAACGAGACUUCUCAGAAGCCCCCUCGUUCACUCAGCCUCUGGCUGACCACACCUCCACGCCCGGAUACAGCACUCAGCUCUUCUGUAGUGUGCGAGCAUCACCCAAGCCCAAGAUCAUCUGGAUGAAAAAUAAGAUGAACAUCCAGGGCGACCCCAAGUACCGUGCCCUCUCUGACCAAGGCAUCUGCACCUUGGAGAUCCGGAGACCCAGUCCCUUUGAUUCCGGGGUCUAUACCUGCAAGGCCAUCAAUGUGCUGGGGGAAGCAUCCGUGGAUUGCCGGCUGGAGGUCAAAGCCUCAGCCACACACUGAAGAGCCAGGACAGAAGGAGGCUAGGAUGAGGAGACAGUCCUGCAGGCCUGAGGAUCGAUUCCCCUGGCUUAAAGUCAAACCGUACAGAUGCCAAGAUCUCCAUAGCAACGGCUGAUGCUAGCAGGCUCCUGGUACCUGCUAGCCUCCCUCUGCCAGAGGCUGGGGUCCAGAAUCCCAGGAGUGUGCUUGGCAGGUCACAGGCCAGGCCUUGUGGGUACAAGAUGGUCCCCAAAGCACAGGGAUUGGAGCACCCUGCAGAGUUGCGUGCUGGGUGAGAAGCACUCAAAUAAAGGUGUGUGGCGUUACA